GGGAGGGGAGCUAACUGUUACGCGCAAACAGUUAAAAUAAUAAUAUAUUAUGACCCAUUCAAACUUAUCGUUGAAAUUUUUUAGGAGAAAAUACAUAAAAACAAUGUGCUUAGAUAAACACGACACAUUUCUAGUUUCAGAUCAAAUUUAAUUGUAGUAUUGAUUAUUUACUUUAGUAAUUCAGUAACCUGUAUUUAUCUUCUCUCAACAAAGGGGGCGUGGCAGAUUCAAAGUGAAACUGAAAGUUGAGGAAAACAAAAACUAGUAAAUAAAUCAAACGGUCAGGACUUGUGUUAGAGAUGUAAACCUUAACACACACACAAACUCAGUACAAAUGGUGACUCUACCCAGUAUGUUACAGGCGCCUCUGCAGGCUUUACUUCGACCAGCGAUGUGGAUUCCAGGCAUAAAAAAUGUACACAGCCAUUUUGUUACAUGGCAGUCUGACAAACCCCCGAACGAGGUACUAGCUGCAUUGGUUACUGCUAUUAAACAGAUCAAGUCUUCAGAUGACACCGGCUCAUUUUAUGAUAUACAUAAGAUUAACAAAGACAAACAUUUCUUGCGUGUGUUUUGUUUUACCAGAGCGGAAUGGUUGGAUGUUGUUGAGAUUGAAAUAAAAGAAGACAGCAUUGAGGCCAAAUCUUUCUCUAGCGGUUUCCUUCCGUUGUUCAUACCAUUUGCCUUUAUACUAAAUUGCGUGUUCUUUUGGGUGCCUUUCUACGACAACAAAUUAAACAAGGCAAGACUGGAACUGAUCAAACAUUACACUGAUUUAGCUAUUUCAGAACAAAAUAUCAAGCCUUUAAAUGAUCCACCUGUAUUGCAAAACAGUGAUCAACAUAGCACCAAUACUCAACCAAAUACACCUCCUUUUGGAGAAGUUGAUACUCACCAAGAAGGUGCUAUAAUGGGCAAUGCAAAUGAGAGCCCGUAUGGAGGUGCUGAAAAAGAUAUUACUGAAAUUGUAACAGACUCGUAG